AUAUGUAGGAAGACACAGAAGUAUAUAGUCCAGAUUCACACAAUAAUACUUCAUUGUUUAGGAUGACAGUAGUAUGACACUAUUCUUUUUUUGAACGACUUUUGACAGUAGGAUGACAGUAUUCAAGAAAGAAAAAAUGUGAGUGUGAUCUCCAUGUAACAAACAAGAACUCUCUCUCUCUCUCUCUUGAUUUCAUAGAGGAUUAAUGUGUCUAGGUGAGUAUUCUACCAGAUGUGAAACUCAACAGAUUUGGGUAACUAUGAAAUGAAACAAAAACAAAAAAAUACUAGAAGGAAACAUAAAAAAGAACGCUAGAAGGAGGGGUCGAACCUCCGACCUUGUGGUUAACAGCCACACGCUCUAACCAACUGAGCUAUUCCAGCUGUUGUUAUUUUAAAUCGAAUAACUAGUUUUGGUUGCUUGAUUAAUGAAUGGGCUUACAAAAGCUGUAACAAGGGCCCAAUAGCAAUCCACCAUAAAGGAGAAAAACAACUAAUUAACUCUCAGAAUCGAAAUCGUCUGUUUUUGAGAAAUUGCAGAGCCGUUAAACCCUAGUGUGUGUCGUCGUCUGACGGAGAAGAAAGCACCGGUGAAGAAGAAGAAGAUAAUAAUCAGAUGUCAGAUAACAAAGACCACAUCUCCGACUCAGACUCAGACGGCGCACCGGAGGAAUUCACAGAGGAACAGGCACAGUUGGAAGAUGCAGCCUUGAGGAAGAUAGAGAGAGAGAAUAAGGCUAGGGUUGCCCGCGAGAAGAAAGAGAGUCGAAGGCGUUUAGCAGAGAAGAUAACGCCAAGGAAACCACGAAAGGUUGAAACUUUCGAAGAUAUAGAAGAGGAAGAAGAGCAUGAGGAAGACCCUGAAGCUCUGGCAAACAAGGGGUUCCUUUCCAAAAACAUCAUUGACUUUCUUGCACAGCGGGAGAAACAGAAAAACAGUUCGGAUUCUGAAGAAGAGGAGGCCAACAAAGACCACCCGAGAAAGAAAAAGCGAAAGAGCUCAGGUAUUGAGACGUUAUACAAGGAGAUUCCACCACCAGAAUGCUUGAAAACAGGGUUAGAUUUCUUAAAGAAGCGUAAAGCACAAGUCCCUAGAUCAUCUUCAAUCCUCAACAACUCCAGCCAAGCUCUCCGACUUGUCACCGGGGCCAAGAAGCAGCCACAGAGAAAAUAAAACUCGUUAAAGAUUCCAAAAUCCUCGUGUGCUUCUUCUUCAAUGCCAUUACAGUUUUGUUUUAGUUGACAGUUCAUUAGAUAUUUCUUUAUUUGCAAAAGAGCCCUCCAGUUUGUUAAAAACGUGAAUUAAAGCCAUUAAAUACUAAUUUAUAUAUUUUCCCUCCAGUUGUUUAAAGAGGGCUUUU